CAAACAUGGACCCAGCAGCUUUGUCUGGAGAGAGCGACCUCGCACGCAUCCGACGCCUGAUGGACUGGGUAACCCACACCACCAACGCAAGGGCACAAGUGGUGGGGUUAAAAGCCAUCGAAGCAAUCCUGGAAGAAAAUCCCUACCUCUGCCAGCUUAAGGGAGUUUCAGGCUUAAUUUGCAACCUGCGUAAAGCCCGGGGGGUGGUGCGAGCUCGGGAAUCCACAGACUUUGUCCAGCAGCAGCGGAUUACGGCCGCCCCGGAACAGUCACGUCAGCUUCUCCUGCCGGAGGUUUUGCCCGGCCCGCCGGAGGUGUUUGCCCGGCCCGCCGGAGGUGUUGCCCGGCCCGCCGGAGGUUUUGCCCGGCCCGCCGGAGGUGUUGCCCGGCCCGCCGGAGGUGUUGCCCGGGAGGAAGCGACGAUCGCGCCGUUGGCGCGUCACCCCACAGCCGGAUAUUGGAACUUCAGAACUGCCGGUCGUGCAGAAGGCUCUCAGCAGAAGAGAAAACCCACCAAUCAAUUCAGGACACCUGCAGCAACUGUGGCUGUUCCAAAAGGAUCCACACACAGACCACAUUACUCAAGAGGAUUAGACAAAGAAGAUGCUUUCGUCAGGAGGAGGCUGUAGGAUCAUCACCUGCAGUGAUAACUACAGACUGAUGCUGUGAUGCAAGAUGACCAUGGCAGGACUGUUUCAGUCUGAAACAGCUGCAAUAGCACUUCAUCCAUUUUCUUUUUAUGCUUGCAGCCUAGUAGUUUGCUUGUAUAUUGAUUACUUCAUCUUCAGUUUUUCAGCUCUGUUUUCUUGUGUCAUCUUUUUGGGGCUUUAAAGUCAAGUUCAGUAUCUGAGGUGGAAAUGAAAAGGUUGAUGGACAGGUGAUCGUCACUGAGAGAGGAUCUGUAUCCGUAUCAUCACUGAGAACGUUUAUUUACAAAUGAAGAUUGAUCCUAACCAAGAUCUUCACUUUUAGCAUCUGAAUAAGGAUGAAGCUGAACGAAACUGCAACUUUCUCAUGAAAGCGUUAAUCGGGUUGUCAAUUCAUGUGCAAGUAGACUUUGGUUAGGUACAUAUUUUCCUCGCUACGCUUCAUCAGUCAAGGUUUUGUCUUUAUCUGUGGAUGUAGUCUCAUAAUGGAGAUUCAAACGGGAAGAUCCAGCAAUUAAUUUUUGUUCUUUGUCGGGACAUGAGCCUGAGGCCUCCAUACUGAGCACCGUUUAUGCAAUCUAUGUGACUGCUGCUGUACUGUCAAAGGGACAUCAUGGGCUUUCUGCUGAGACUACAUUUGUAGGGGCUAACAGAGGAUGUGGACUUUCUUUAAAAAUUAUGAAAUUGCAGCUUCAACAUUUUAUGGCCACAUGGGACAUUAACUGAUCUUUUUUUUCAGAUAUUAUCACUCUGUUGCUUAAGCUAAUAGUUUCUUCAAUUUGAGAGACUUCAUAUUUGAAAAUAUGAGACCUCAUAUUUGAGGUAUAGGGCAUGAAUAAAAACAACAAAUGAACGCUUGUACACUGCUAGCAUAAUGGACAGGUGUUUGACAGGGCUCGCACACAAAAGCAAACAGUAUCCCACAGUUGUUUAUGUUUUUAAACCCAUUUUUCACAGAGAGACAUUUUGUGACAAAUGUAUUGAUAACAGUGUUGAAUAUUCUUACACACUAAAACUAACAAACAAAAGAAACCCAACUAUACAUAAAAUAAUUACACCAUCUUGCUGUCUUUGAAUAAAACUGAUAUAUUAACAUAUUCAUAUAUAAAUUGGCAUAUUCAUGAGUUCCAAAAAAAAGAGAAGUCAGUCAAAUGUGAGGCUAAAAACUGAUGCAAAAUGAGGAAAUAACACAAAAGCUGCUGUGAGUGUCAACAUUAGAUAUACUUGUCACUAGAACUGACUGUAUACAGUGACAUUUCUUUGUUUCCCCCACAAUUUUUGCAGCAUAGUGUACUCUGUAUUGCUCUGCUUGUGCCAAGGGACCAGAUUCUUAGUUGGACCAAUUUUUAGAGUAAUGUGUUUUGGGGUUUCAAAGCCCCAUAGAUAUUAGGUAGUGAAAGUAACACAGCUCAGCUGCUCCAAUAAUCUUGACACAUAAAGAAUCACCAGAGUUUUUGCUUAUUCAGUCUUAUUGGUUGUCCUUCUUUCCUGGAUCACCUGUAGCAUUCUAUAAGCACCCUCCCAGCUUUGAAAAAUGUCCAGCAGGGAUUAGCACUUUUUGAUAUGAUGUUCUUCUGCUUCCCUGGCCUCUAUGUCAGAGACCUAGAAUACUUGCUGUAGCAAAUGGAACCAUGAAUUCUGCUGUCUGCCAAAAAAUAUCUGAUGGAGAAUGUCUGACUAUCUGUUUGUGACUUCAAGCUGAAGCACAUUUGGGUUCUGUAGCACUACAAUGAUCCAAAACACACCAGCAAGUCGACCUCUGCGUGACUUCAGAAAAACAAUAUUAACCUCUUAAACUUGAUUGGUUGAUUGUAAUUGUUGCUCCUAAGGGUGGCCCAACCAAUUAUUAGGUUUAGGGGGCAAUCACUUUUUCACAGAAGGCCAUUUAGGUUUGGAUUUUUUUUCCCUUAAUA